AUGUCGGCUACAUCAACUUUCAUUCAGGUGCUCGUCGCCUUGUGCCUCUUCUCCCUUUUCACGGCGGGAGUGGAAGGUGCGGCCAACACGACGUGCCCCGCGCCCUGCGACCCGUGCACGGGCAGCGACGCCGGCGGCUGCUGCUCGCAGUACUUUGACUUCCUCGACCGCACCUACUGCGACCCCUACUGCAUGGUGGCCGACUACCAGUGCUGCGGCUGCGUGGCCGUGAACGCCACGCAGGACAUCUUCGAGUGCUACAGCUGCCCCAAGGGCCAGGCCUGCAUCGAGAACAGCCGACACCUCAACCCGCUGCCCAACAACCAGACCGGCUGGUACUGCGCCAGCGGGUCGGCUCUCGCGCCCUCGCGCUACCUCGUCGCCGUGGCCGUCGCCCUCCUCCUCUUCGUCGCCUUUGCCGACUCCUUCGUCUCCGUCGCCGCCUUCCUCGACUCCAAGCUCUGA